GGCAUGAGGAAAUGAAUCUGCUCGCGCUCAUAAUGAACUCAGAUAAACACAUUAUUACACUGUAGACUGCUGGGAGAUUAACUUAUUACACUUGUGUGGUUUUGUUAAGUAAAUUCGCUGCGUUUAUUAGUGAAUUAUGUAGGUUUUCUCUUUUUUAAGUAGGGAUAUUCAACGGUGCUAGCAACAAGUGAAGCUGUACACAACAACAACAACAACAACAAGUGGACAGGGACACAGUGUGUGUAAAGGAGGAGGACUUUAUAGAAAUCAGGGACAACAAGUGGAAUUUCAUGGACAUGACUGAUAACAUCUGGUUUGGAGAGUGAUUAUUUUGUAGAAGAAAUGCCACUUUUAAGAAAUCUUUAUUGUGUUGUUAAAUAAAACAUGUAGCAUGAGUACCUUUUGAAAGUAAGGAGACCUUUAAAUUUCAUAUGCAAAUGAUGUAGAGUGUUAUUGCUUGUGUUAUAAUAAUAAAAGAAACCCUAGGAGAUGUACAAUCAGCAAACACUGUAGAAAAGAUGCAGUUUUUCCUCCCAUGCCUCUCAUGGUAGAUGAUAUCAAAGCCUUUGCAUCUGAAAGUUCUGGAUCAGACCAGCUAGUCAUAGGAAAAGCUUUCGAAAAAUGGCGAGUGUCCUCGGAUUAAGAAAGAGCCUCAGUUACCUGAAGAGGAGACAAGCCAAGACCUUCAGAGUCAGGAUCGUGACCAUGGAUGCAGACAUGGAGUUCGGCUGUGAGGUAAAGUGGAAAGGGAAGGACCUGUUUGAGCUGGUUUGCAGAACGCUGGGACUCCGUGAGACAUGGUUCUUCGGCCUGCAGUACAAAGUCAAAGACACGGUGGCAUGGCUCAAGAUGGAAAGGAGGGUUUUGGACCAGGAAGUUCCUAAAGAGCAGCCCAUUGUGUUGAACUUCCUGGCAAAGUUUUACCCUGAAAACGCGGAGGACGAGCUCGUCCAAGACAUCACGCAGCACCUCUUCUUUCUGCAGGUGAAGAUGAUGAUUCUGGAAGAGCAGGUGUACUGUCCUCCUGAAGCCUCAGUGCUACUCGCCUCAUAUGCCGUCCAAGCAAAGUACGGAGAUUACGACCCCAAUGUCCACACACCAGGCUUCCUGGCCCAAGAAGAGCUUCUGCCAAAGAGGGUGAUUAAUCUCUACCAGAUGACUGCUGAGAUGUGGGAGGAGAGAAUCACACUAUGCUACGCUGAGCACCGAGGCAGGACCAGAGACGAAGCAGAGAUGGAGUAUUUAAAAAUAGCCCAAGAUUUGGAGAUGUACGGAAUCAAUUAUUUUCCUAUCCGGAAUAAAAAGGGAACGGAUCUGCUGCUCGGCGUCGACGCUUUGGGACUGCACAUUUACGAGCCGGAUAAUAAACUGACGCCUAAAAUCUCUUUCCCUUGGAACGAAAUCCGCAACAUCUCCUACAGCGACAAAGAGUUCGCUAUUAAACCUCUGGAUAAAAAAGCUGACGUGUUCAGGUUCAACUCCUCAAGACUGCGGGUGAAUAAGUUGAUUCUUCAGCUGUGCAUUGGGAACCAUGACCUGUUCAUGAGGAGGCGUAGAGUGGAUUCACUGGAGGUGCAGCAGAUGAAGUCUCAGGCCAGAGAGGAGAAAGCUCGCAAACAGAUGGAGAGGCAGAGGCUGGAGAGAGAGAAACACCUGCGUGAGGAAGCAGAGCGAGCGAGGGAUGAGUUGGAGCGACGACUCCUCCAUCUGCAGGAUGAAGCUCUAAUGGCCAAUGAAGCUCUGCUGCGUUCAGAGGAGACUGCUGACCUGUUAGCGGAGAAGGCUCAGAUUGCAGAGGAAGAGGCCAAACUGCUGGCUCAGAAGGCAGCCGAGGCGGAGCAGGAGAUUCAUCGCAUUAAAAUGACCGCGAUCCGCAGCGAGGAGGAAAAGAGACUGAUUGAGCAGAAGCUGCUGGAUGCUCAGAGACUUUCCUUCAAAAUGGCUGAAGAAUCGGAGAGGAGAGCCAAGGAAGCCGAUCAGCUGAAGCAGGACCUUCAGGAGGCCAGAGAGUCUGAGCGCAGAGCCAAACACAAGCUGCUGGAGAUCACUAGCAAAUCACCUUAUGCUGUGACCGCGGCGUCUCUCUCUCCACACGCCCUCCCUCCUGACCUCAGCUUCAGCACCGAGAACCUGAGCUUUGACUUCAAAGACACUGAUAUGAAACGCCUGUCUAUGGAGAUCGAGAAGGAGAAGGUGGAGUACAUGGAGAAGAGCAAACACCUACAGGAGCAGCUGAACGAGCUAAAGACUGAGAUCGAGUCCUUGAAGCUGAAGGAGCGCGAGACUCAACUGGACAUCCUUCAUAACGAGAAUGCCGAGAGAGGCACCAGCAAGCAGAGCAACUUUAAAAAGCUGACACUACAGAGCGCCAAGGCGAGAGUGGCCUUCUUUGAGGAACUAUAGCUGACCAAAGUGUGUGUGUGUGUGUGUGCAUGCUUGCAUAAGUGUUAACCUUCAGUUCAUGUGUAUUUCUUGCUUUUGCGUUAUCGACUUAAAAUUGUCUAACUUUGUGUUUCAAGUAUUAUUAUACUAUGAUUUUAUUUUCAUUGAUUUUUUGUCCAGUUUUUGUUGCAACAAGUGUUAGAUAUUUUUUUCUUUAAAAAAAUUUGUUUUUGUGUGUGUGAGAACAGGCCGGUGUUUGUUCUUACAGGACAUCAUAAGUAAACACGUAAACAGCGUGUGUAUGAUUGUUCCAUUCCAAACAUUCCAAUGUUUUUGAACCAGUAAAGCAGGAAGGGGAAAAAAUGUACAGGUGCUGCUUUCACAUACACUCCUCUCUGGGGGAAAAAAAGAAAAAAUCCUCCUUAUUGAACUUUUUUUUUUUUUUUUAUGACAUGCCUUGGAAAAAGUCCUACUUUCUCUUCAGACUUUUUCUUGCUGCGUUUUAUCUUUUUUUUUUUUUUUUUCUUGGGGAUUUUCUAAAACCUGUGUAAAAGCUUCAGGUUUCCAUUACUGCCGAGACUCGCACGUAGCCGCCAUUUAUACUUUUAUCAAAAGCGGAUUUUUUUUCCUCUCUAGUUUGUAAAAAUGCGUCGCUAGAGUCUCAGUUAGGGUUUUUUUGAAAUGCAUUUCCUUUUCUUUAUUUUCUUUUUCUUUUUUUUAUAAACAGAAUGGCGUUUUAGGAUGCUGCAGUUACUGUACACUACACUCUCCUGUAAUGGAGGCUUUUGAGGCUCGGUUUGUUCUAGACGCAAUCUUUUAAAGGCCGUCUACACCGAAUGUUCAUAACACAUUCGUAACCACUGCGCACAUCUGCUUUUAAUGCAGUACUUUUCUAUUGAUUUAGAAGUUAUUUGAACUAACAGAACACUAACAAAGCUUUGUGGGGUCUUUUUUUAAGUAUUCGCUCCCUAUCUAUUCAGUUAGCUUGCAUACAGUACUGUGCGAAAGUCUGAACCUCCCAAAAGUUCUUUAGAUUUUAGUUUUAAAAAGCCGGUCUGUAAUUUUCAGUCCAGUUCUGUUUACCAGAGCAGUUUCAGAGGAAUAUUUUUUUUUUUUGUUUAUUCACGCCACACUGACAUAAAUAAUUCAAAUAUUUAAAAAAUAAAACUAAAUUAAACAUAAGGUGUGAACCGGUGAGAAACAGGUGCAGAUGAUCAGGUCAGUGAUUAGUUUACUGGUGAUGCUGAAUGCUUAGUGGAGAGGGGGAACGAGGCUGCUGCUGGGGAUCUUUUUAAGAGGCUCAAGACUUUUGCACAGUACUGUAUGUCAGUCAUAACGGUGAUAUAAACCUAAAACUGAUUACAGCUUUCUUAAGAACAAAACUAAUAUGUCUGACAUGAUAUUUUCUAAUUAAAUAAGGUACACUAGAAUAUAAAUAACACUUUAUAGCAUUGUUUUAAAUGCAAAUCAAAUUAUCUAAAGGACAUGAAAAGGAUUCACAUACACGACGGACAAAUUAACGACAUCCUAGAGUGGUCAAUCUCCUCAUUUUGCUUUUAGUCUCGUUUGAUGGUUUUCGGACGUUAUAACUGAUGUCUGUUGUUAUAUCUUUAAACCUCUAUCUGGUGGAUUCUUCAUAGAAGAGUUAUAAAGCUUCGUAAACGUGCUUUAGCCAGACACAAAUGAACAGCAGCACGGAGACAGUAGUCUCACUCGGUCCACUCCCAAUAUUCGAGACGAGGCCUCUCGCAGAAUUGCUUUAGAAGCAUUUAUGAAGCACCAUCACACCGUGGUGAUUCCCUUCACAUGGAGUUACUGAAUAUUUUAUCGGCGGCGCGGCUGCCGAAUUUUCUCCUAAACGCAGUCUGAUUGAGGCUUUACGGAUCUAAGCCGCCGGGAUUAUGACGUUUUUACGUUCCAUUUUUUUUUCUCUAAAGAAGUUUACAUUUAUUUUUUUUAAGAACUUUAGAAAUGGUAUAUAUAUAUAUUUUGCAUAAUAAUUUGUUUAUGCUGAAAAACAAAUAAAUGUAA